GGGAGGGCGGGGCCUGCGCAGUCCCAGAAGCUGCAGCCACACGGCUCAGGUCUCUGCCUCUGUAAGCAUCUGCCUUCUUCACCUGGGACCCACCUGCUCCCCAAACCAGAGAUGAUCAGGGAGCAACACGAGGUGUCUGUGCUGGGGGCUCCCCAGAACUCAGGGCCCGUGAUGUCCACCGUGGUCAACAUCCAGACUGACACCGUGGUGCCCGACCACAUUAUCUGGUCCCUGUUCAACACCCUCUUCUUCAACACCUGCUGCCUGGGCUUCGUGGCAUUCGCCUACUCGGUGAAGUCCAGGGACCGGAAGAUGGUGGGAGACGUGAUUGGGGCCCAGAGCUAUGCGUCCACCGCCAAGUGCCUGAACAUCUGGGCCGUGAUCCUGGGCAUCAUUACGACCAUCGGACUCAUUGUUCUCCUGGUCCUUGUGCUCCCGGGAGUCAUUCAGGCCGCAAUGCAUCACACAGGCUUCUAGUCGCCGCCAUGGCAGGUGGCCAAGUCCUCCCCACCCCCUGCUGGCCCUC